AUGAAAGUGAAAGAUGUGUGUUCUUGCACAGUUUGAACAACAGCUGCUUAAUAACCCAACCAGAGAAACAGCCAAGUAACAUGGCUCACAAGGCGAAGAAGACUAACCAAGGUGACCACAAUGAUGAUGAGAAGGAAGAGGACUGGGAUUUUGUGGACAUAGGCGAAAUCCAAGGAGUUAUUGGAAACAAAUAUUUCAUUCUUUCAACUGGAAAAACAAUGAACACGGAUACUACCAUAAUAAAACAUCUCAAAGACCAAAUACCAGAUCUACAGGAAGUGUCUGCAGUGGAGGAGAGUGAUUUCAUUCUGGUUUUCUGCCCUGUUGUUUCACAAGCUGGAACUGACAUUGAAGCAGCAGUGCAAAAGCUCCGUAAUAUUUCAGUCACCAAACAUGCUCUUCUAGUGGUGCUCCAUCACACGUUUGAUCCAGAGUGUGUUGUACCAGACAGCAGCAGAGCCGUAAAGAGAGAGAAUAUAGUCACAGUGGACUGUCUGUUCCAUGAAGAUCAGGGAUUACUGAAAUGCCCUAAGAAUGAUAAAUCAUUUGCCACUGUUACAAAUCAUAUACAAUCUCUGGUGCCAAGAAAAACCUGGUGCAUUCGGAAUGGAGCUCAAGACCAUACAGCUAAAAAGAUGUUGAAGCAACCUGUUCUCAAACACUUCACUCUAAUAACUGGAAAGACAUUAGGACAUGAUGUGAGCAUAGAGAGGAAACUUCAGGAAGUAAUACCAGGUCUGCGGAAGGUGCAGAAGGUGGAGGAGAGUGAUUUCAUUCUGGUUUUCUGCCCUAUUGUUUCACGAGCUGGAACUGAAGCAGCAGUGAAGAAGCUUAAUACCCUAGCAGGUAACAAACCUGCAGUUCUGGUGGUGCUUCAUCACACGUUUGAUCUGGAGUGUGUUGUACCAGACAGCAGCAGAGCUGUAAAGAGAGAGAAUACGAUCACAGUCGACUGUCUGUUCCAUGAAGAUCAGGGAUUACUGCAAUGCAGAAAGAAUAAUGAGGGCUUUAACUCCGUUUCAGAGUGGAUUAAGACUCAGGUUGAAAAAAAAAACUGAAAUGAAUAAACAAUGGGACAGAUCCAGAAGAAUGUUCUCCAGUAGGAUGGAUCGGUUCAACCAACCUGACAGUAUGUGACUUUUUGCCACAACCAUCUUGAAUUUUGUUUAUGAUCUGUGAACACUGUAACGGACUUUAUGACAAAUACAAUGAAAUAAGGAAUUAUUACAAUAAACAGUAUACUAUUAUUUAAUAAUAUUAUAUGCAUAAUUACUUAGUAAUUAAUAUUUAAGGAAUAAAACCCUAAAAUUAGAUAAGUGAAUUAACUCAGUUGUGAGAGGUAGUUUUUUUUCUCCAGCUCAGAGCCAUUGCUAAACUAAAAGGCAUGUUAUCAUUUAAAGGUCUGAAAAUUGCCAUUCUUGUUUUCAUUUUUUCUCAUAUACCGUCAUGAGAAAAAGAAAGUGCACCUUCAAGCUACGAUCCUCUUCACCCCCUUUCGUUAAGAUCUUCUAAUCAGCAGCUUUGAACAAUUCUAUGGUCUCAGAGGAAGUUCAAAGGUGACCAGGCCUUUUCUGUUGUUGCCCCAAGAUUGUGGAAUAGUUUCCCGUUGUUUAUAAAGUCAUCCCUUACAAAAGCAUUUUUAAACCCAACAGCUAAACAUAUUUAUUCUCCAAGGCGUUUGAGUUAUAUUUUUGUGUUAUUGUUGGCCUUUGUUUAUUUUGCUCUCUCUCUAUUGUUUUAUUCAAUCUAUUUGAUUUCUUAAUUGUGUUGCUUUUAUUUUAUUGUUACUAUCGAUACUGAUUUGAAUGUACUGUGCAGCACUUUGCUUGACACUUGCUGACUUUUAAAAGUGUUAUAGAAAUAAAGCUGACUUAACAUGGUUACGUGAUCCUCCUCUCACAUCA